UUCUCUAGGGUUAGGAUGUGGAAACUGUGCCCGGCCGAUGAGACCGGAGGAGGAUCGUCGUAUCGGUUUCUAGUUGGUGUUGAGUAUGUUGUUGGACGAAAGAAUUGUGGAAUUUUAAUUCAAAAUGAUCAGUCAAUCAGCCGAAGUCAUGCAGUUUUUACAGUUAAUCAUCCCCAAGUGAAUCUUAGUCAAUCUUCAUCAUUUCCUGAAUUAACUUUAAAAGAUACUUCAAAAUAUGGUACCUUUGUUAAUGGAGAAAAGCUACACAAUGGUAAUACCAUAACAUUAAAUACUGGUGAUAGAAUCACUUUUGGAGUCUUUGAAAGCAAGUACAGAGUAGAAUAUGAACCACUGAUAGUGUGUUCUUCAUGCUUAGAUGUUUCGCAGAAAAAUAUUUUAAAUAAAAAUAUUCUUCAGCUGGGUGGCCAUGUAGUAAAUGAAUGGAAUGAAGACUGUACCCAUCUUGUCAUGGUUCUAGUUAAAGUUACUGUGAAGACAAUAUGUGCACUGAUUUGUGGUCGACCAAUUAUGAAGCCGGAAUAUUUUGAUGAAUUAAUCAAAGCCAUUCAAGCAAAGCAACAGUUACCACUGCCUGAAAGAUUUUUUCCACGAGUUGAUGAACCAAGUAUUGAGAAUGAAAACAUAGAUAUGACCAAGUGUCCUAGAAGAAGAACUAUUUUCAGAGGAAAGUUUUUUAUCUUUCUAACGGCAAAGCAGCAUGCCAAAUUGAGUUCAGCAGUUAAGCUCGGAGGAGGAGAGGCAAGACUGCUGACUGACGGAACAGAAUAUGCUGCUGCUUUGAUAACAUCUAACACUUGUGUCAUUGAAGUAGGCUCUACAAACUCUCAACCAUCGGUUUCUUCUUUGGACACAAAAUGGAUUGAUAAUAUCACAGCUGCCUUGCAAAGGAAGAACUACAGAACAAUCUCAGAGGCAGAAAUCGGUUUAGCAGUUAUUUUUGCAUCUACAGAAAAAUACUGUAAUCCUCAAAUUUCACCAAGUGGAGAUAUAAAAACUGCUGCCCUGGCAUCCCAGGUCCCUGAACAAAGUCAGUCUCAGAGUGUGGCAGUGGAGGAAACAGUAAUGCCUUCCAACCAAGAGGAUAUCAGUGGAUUUGUAGCUGACACAGAAAUGGAUGAAGUGAUGGACACAUUACUUAUAGAAUUAUCACAAGAGGAAACAAAGCCUGCUAUCCAGUCACAGGAAAUAAUGACUAUUAGGGAGACUCCAGAAGGAACAGGCAGUGUAAACAGAGAGAGAAUCUUGCCCCAGCUAAAGAAGACGCACCGAGCUGAUUUCACCAGUCUAGCAUGUCUAUCUUCUGAAAUUUCAAGUCAUAGCAGGAACAGAAAGGAAGAUUCACAGCAAUUCAAUUCAAUUAAAAAUUACUUUCAGACCACUGUUAAAAAAAGAGAAAGGAAUGAGGAAUUAGAAACACCGUUAUCAAAACAUGCAAAGUUGGAUAAGAAGUCAUCACAGGUUUCCCAUCAAACACCAUCUGUUCCUUUUUUGCUACGGGAAAAUAAUGUGAAUUCUCAAAAAGGACAGUGUGCAGCAACACAAGGAGUAAGUGACUCAAACAUGGACUCAAGAAAAUCUUCAGUAAUGGAAAAUAACAAGUUAGAGCAAACAGGAAUGGAAAAUACUCCUGUUGAAAUGCCUGCAUCAAAGAAGAGAAAGAAAAUAGAGGAGUCUGUGGAAGAUGAAGCUUCGUUAGAACUUGUAUUUGCAAGCCAAGAGUUGGAUCCAGAAGAGAAUAUAGAAGUUCAGGAUGAGAAAAACACCCAGAAUGUAAAGAAGAAAGUGAAACUGGAUCUUAAAGAAACCACUUUAAGAAACAAAGAAACAAAAAUAGUAGCCACUAGAUUUUUGGAAAAAAAUGAGGAAUCCCUUCCAGCAGAAAACCAGAAAGAAGAAAUCAAAGAAGAGCCACCAGAACCUAAUCCAAGUAAAUGUGGAGAUGUUUCAAGUUAUCUCCCUAGUAAACUUUUGCUAAUGGAAUUUAGAUCAUUGGUUGUUACUCAACCAAAGAAAAUUAGUCCUCCAGCAAAUUCAAACUACGGGCAUCUGAGCAACUUUAAAAAAUUUAAAAAGAUAGCUUAUCCUGGGGCAGGGAGGCUUCCAAACAUUAUUGGAGGAUCAGAUCUGAUAGCUCAUCAUGCUAGAAGAAACCCUGACAUGGAAGAUUGGUUGAGACAAGAAAUAGAGGAGCAGAAUUGUCAAACAAGAGAGGAGUCACUUGCAGAUGAUCUGUUUCGGUAUGAUCCGCGAAUAAAAAGAAGAUAAUUGUACCUCUAAAUGCUUGCUAGUAAUAAACAGCAAUAUCAAAGAGUUACUUUAUAAUCAACCACAUCUACUGAAAAUGUGACUUUUUUAAAAGAAUGUUUCUGUUUAUAAGAAACAGAACUUGAGACAAUUAGUGAUGGAGCCAAAACUAGCCCAUUUUCUUGUAGGCUUUGAAAUAUUAACCCAAAAGAAAAUAUUCAACAUCUAGCCUGAGCCAGAGAGGAAUUUUAAGCUUCCUGCAUUUGCAUAAUUUUCAAGCCUCUUCCAGCCUUGUUACUAUUUACUGAAAUCUACAGUUGUGCUGCAUGUCAGGUACAAGGAAUUGUGGGAAAUGUAGUUUUCCCAGCCUAGAAAACCCAUUGAAUAGUACUGAGAGCCUUGCUUUCAGUAUUUCCAUUAAAUACACAGUUGUAGAGUGUGGUGAAAACUAGUGGAUGAGGGAGGGUUCACACAACUGUUCUUGGAGUAGCUAGAAAGUUUAGUGAGAGAGGCACCGGAAAAGACAGAUGACUGAAAGUAUUGCCAUGCACCUAUAGGAUCGUGGGAGCAAAAUAUUGUAUUGUGUUGAUAUUAGAGAUUUCAUCUAAACAAUCUUGGAACAAAUCUUGAAAAUACCAAACUUUUAGUAGCAUUCCAACAUAGGAAAGUUAUGGUUUUGGUUUUUGCUGACCAGGAGUUAGCUCAUCGUCAGAUACUGAACUUAACAGAUUUUAUGCUUUUAGAAUUCCAUUUCAAGCCACAUUUUAAGAACUUUCUAUGAAAGCCUUUGUUUUUAUAAAAGAAAUAGAGAAACCACAUUUUUAAAAGGUAAUUUUGAAGUUUGUGUUUAAUUUAUGCAUUGCAACUAUUUCUAUUUAUAAAAGAUGGCCCUUUUAAUAAGUCACACUUAUUAAACACAAGUGUAAACAAGAUGUUACAGACUAGUCCCUGUAAUAUUUAACUUCCUUAACUAGUUCUAAGAAAAAGAUCCUGAUCGGGGAAUUAGAAGUAGGAUGUGCUUCAAAUUCCUUUUACAAUGGAUUUUCGGGGAGUUUCUGCCUGCUCAAAUAUAAAGAUCAAAUAAAAAGAUCUUUUUUAGUAUCUUAUUUUAAAUUUAGGAGUCUUCACUGUCAAGUUGAAUCACUUCAAUAUAGAUUUGCAUUACACAUUAUGCUGGAUAAAUGAAUAUUUUGGUGGUUUAGCUGAGUUAUUUUCAACUGAAGAAUCCUACAGCAGCCAUUUGUGUAAACUAAACUAACCAAUAAAUGUUUUCU